AUGCUACGCGUCAAAAACAAUUUGGAACUGGCUUACAAAGCAGUCCCUGGAUUGAAAAAGAUUAUGCCUGCGGAGUAUGGAGGCGAAAACGAGCCGUUGGAAAAGCUCAAGGAACGCCAUCGAAAACAGUUUCGCGAAUAUUACUCGCAACCAAGAGUUACGCAAUCUAUCCGUGUGGAUGAGUCCAAACGUCCAAAUACGGCACAGAACCUUAUGCAAGAUUAUCCUGAUAUUAACUGGUCCCUUAUGGGCACGGAGGGAACGUAUAUUGAUAUUCCCCCAAGCUAG